AUGCCGCCUAAAAGGAGGUCAGAUACAAUAUCCGAAAAAACGAUUCCUUCCAAAACACGACGAAGCGGAACAAAAUUUUCACUUCGCGACUCUAUCGAAUAUGAAGAGUGUGAUGAAUAUAUCAAUGCCAACAUAAUUCCAUCUGCUAAUGAUUCUGGGGAAUCUAAUUUAGAUGAUGAAUCAGAUUGUGAGUCCGAGAAUAAUUUUUCUGAGGCAGAUGACAGUUUUUCUUUUGAAAACAAGAUCAUGCUAAAUCAAAUACAAAAGUCUAAAAUAUUGAGUAGUACUCCGACUGAGUUGUUCGAACUCUUUUUCUCAUUAGACCUUAAAAAUCAUAUAGUCAACUGCACAGAAAAAAAUGGCUACAAGAUGUCAAUUACUGACUUCAAUGUUUUUGUGGGUAUAAUAAUAUUCACAAUGUAUAACAAACGAUUGUCGCAAAGAGAUUAUUGGUCCCGAGAACCACAUUUAAAAGCUGAACCAGUAUCAUCGUCAAUGUCUCGCUUAAAUUUUGAAACGAUAAAAUCAAAAAUUAAAUUCCAUCAAUCAGAGGAUCAAAAUGAUGCUGACAGAGUCUGGCGUGUGAGAACGCUUAUAAACAUUUUUAGAAAAAAUCUCAUUCAGUUUGGGAUAUUUUCCACUGCACUAUCCAUUGAUGAGAUGAUGCUUAAAUUUUAUGGAAGGUCUGUAUUAAAGCAAUUUAUAAAGGGAAAACCCAAAAGGUUCGGUAUAAAAUUAUGGGCUCUCUGUAGUUCUAACGGUUUUCUUUUUGAUUUUGACGUAUACUGUGGUAAAAGUAAUCAGAAAACUGAAAAGUUAGCAAAGUGUGCACUUGGUAGUCGUGUAGUGGUGAAUAUGCUACAAGUAGUUUUUUCUACUGUAACUUUACGCAAACGAGACCAACUGCAUAUCUACUUUGACAACCUUUUUACUUGUCCGGAUCUGCUCGUUCAUUUAAAAAAAUAUGGACUUGUUGCUACUAGCACAGUCAGAGCAAACAGAGUGGAAGUCAAAAAUGCAGUUACGGAUAAAGAUGAAAGAGGGAAGUUUGAAGUCAAAUGUGAUAAACAAAGUGGCAUAAAUUUUAUCACAAUUAUGGACUCCAAACCAGUCUCCAUCUUAUCCAGUGCAGUUGGUGUCACACCUUCAGGAACAGUAGAACGUCGUGUAAAGGGUCAAAAAGAAAGGAAAGAACUGAAAUUUCCAAGAGCGUUUAUGAUUUACAAUCAGUUUAUGGGUGGUGUUGACCUACAUGAUCAAAGGUGUAACGCAAUAGAGCCGACUAUUAGAUCAAAAAAGUGGACCUGGACAAUUUUUGUUCGGAUGAUACAGUCUGCAAUGACGAAUGCUACAAUAUUGUACAACCUUUGCCACGAACACAAGGUUAGUACAAAAUUUGUAGCUAUGUCAGUAGGUAAGGAAUAUUUGAAUCGAUCAAAGGUAAGUAAACCAGAUCUUCAUGAAACUGAACAACAAAAAUUACCUCGAUAA